GCGGCGCCGCCCGCUGGUCGCCGGCGCGACUGAAACCCGGCGCUCCCCGCCUCCUCUCUUGGGGUUCCUGCAAGAAAAGCGCCCGGGUAGCGUGCAUCCGGGCCUGCGCCCCUUUGCGCGCGUGUUUCCCAAAUAGGGCCACCCCAACCCCUGCCGCCUUCCCCUGUGGGCUGGCGCGCCACCCCCACGCUUCGGCUUCGCAACCGCACCCUGCUUUUUGUAGCGGGGCGCCCCCUUCCCGAUCCCUGGUCCCGGCCCUGUCGCCCGCCGCCUGAGCGGUGACCGCCCUUCCCGCCGUUCCUCCGCUGCCAUCGCUGCCGGCACCAUGGGUAGUGAGCAGAGCUCGGAGGCGGAGAGCCGACCCAACGAUCUGAACUCCUCAGUGACCCCGUCUCCAGCUAAGCACAGAGCCAAGAUGGAUGAUAUUGUGGUUGUAGCUCAGGGCUCUCAGGCUUCCCGAAAUGUCAGCAACGAUCCUGAUGUCAUCAAGUUACAAGAGAUUCCAACCUUCCAGCCACUUUUGAAAGGGUUAUUGAGCGGGCAGACCUCCCCAACAAAUGCAAAAUUGGAGAAGCUGGAUUCUCAGCAGGUGCUGCAGCUCUGUCUCCGAUACCAGGGCCACCUCCACCAGUGUGCAGAGGCGGUUGCUUUCGAUCAGAAUGCUCUGGUGAAGCGGAUCAAAGAGAUGGAUCUGUCUGUCGAAACUCUCUUUAGCUUCAUGCAGGAGCGGCAGAAGAGAUACGCCAAGUACGCCGAGCAGAUCCAGAAAGUCAACGAAAUGUCGGCCAUCCUCCGCCGCAUCCAGAUGGGCAUCGACCAGACCGUGCCCCUGAUGGAGCGGCUCAACAGCCUGCUGCCCGAGGGCGAGAGGCUGGAGCCCUUCAGCAUGAAGCCAGACCGCGAGCUCAAGCUCUAGAGCACGAGGCCUCUCCUGCCCGGCCGCUGCUCCCUGGGACAGAGCCGGCACCGCUGGGACUCUGGGGACAUGGGAGCCAGGUGGUGUGACAGGGCCGGGGCUGCUGGUCGGGGUCUCGGCACCCCCAGAGGAGGGUGAAGCAGUGGGGCUGGUCUGAGAGGCAGACUGUGCCCCACCCCCUCCCCGAUGCAUUGGCCGGUGCAGCAGGAACUGAACUGAGUCUGUGAUAGCUGAGGUCGAAACGUCUAAAUUAUUAGGAUUUCGACACAGAACUCUGCCUUGGGGGUUAUUUUUACUUUAAGUUUUUUGUUUCUUUUAAUUGAAAGUGUACAUUGUCUAGCCCAGCUUGUGGAGUGAGAAGUGGCAAGAAGGGGAGAGCAGCUGGGAAGCCCUCGGGGCGAGGGUGGUCAGCAAAGGGCGGGUGCAGCCUGGCCGUGAGGGUACUCUGCCCCCCGUUGGCUUCCCAUGAGGGCCUCUGGCCACCCUCUUCCUGCCCAGGGAAAGUGCAGGUACUUGUGUGGUGUGCGGGCCAUGGUGCCCCAGAUGUCGUCUGGGGACUCCGAAGGUGCUGUCUACAGCCUGCCCGGUUUACCUCCCGCCGACAGUUGGUUUUGUUGGGGCAGACAUAGUUGAGUGUCUUUAUAUCACUCCCUGUGGGCUUCCAGCUCUGGGAACAAGGGGUUAACUAGCAGCUGUGUGACUCAUCUGGUAAACUGGGGGUGCUCGAGGGCUUGCAGGGUUCUGAGGGAGGAACCUCUUACUCUAAAGUUCAGGCUGACUGGGCCCAGACCCUCUGGUGCCUCUAGUGCCAUGGAAAGUGCCAGAGGUGCAGGCUGGUGCCACAGGCAGCCCUGCUGGCUCCAGCCGGGAAUACGCGGGCGCCCUCGGCAGCUUUCUGGAGGAGGCUCCAGUCUGGAGGUAGCGGUGGGACAUGAGGGCCGAGGGCUAGCGGAAGGGGAGCCUCUCCCAGCCCACCUGGCUCCCCAGAUUCCCUCUGGCUUAGCGCCGGGCUGCUGAAGGUGCGGAGGGCACGGGGUGCCCGCAGAAGGUGGCUCUAGAUGUCGGGAGUAGCCUUCGGUGUCUUUGUAAGAUUAAAAUUGCUCCCACUGCAUUGAGCAGACCUCAGGUAAAUGUCAUUCAGUUCUACUCUUGCAUCGUAAUCAGACGCCAUGUCGCAGAUUUUCAGAACCCAGAACAAAAUCGAGGACAUAAACAGCUGAAUUAACAGAGGAAACAUACAUCAAGCUAAUGAAAAUGUUGUUUUAGUCCAUAGUGAAAAAUUAAUGGCUUCAACUAUAAUAAUGUAAAAAUCAAAACCAUGAGGCAACUAUAGAGCAGAGACAUUGUGUAGAGAGGAGGGAAGAGGAUCCUGGCACGGCCGCAGGAGCAUGGGACCGGUGUGACGGUGCUGGGGGAGCUGGUGGUGGGAGUUUCACGGGAAACCAUACAUUGUACAACAGUGAAGGAUGAUGCAAUAAAUAGAUUAAAAAUACCAACCGCUUCUGGGAUUUUUCUGAGGACACAGAGUACCAACAUCGUUCAUUCCCUUUGAGCUCCAAAGAAGCAGCAGCCCUCAAAGGCCCUUCAGCGCCACGCCAUCCCCUGGACCCGGCCCCUUGGGAAGGGCAGCAGAGGCUGAGGAGAAGGUCUGAGGGAGCCCUGGGGCUGGAAGCCAGGUGCUGGGCCUAGGGCGCUCGGCCUGCAGAACUCGCCGGGCCACACUGACUGACACGACAGUCGGUGUCACACCCUCUGAUGGUCGAUGUCAGUGGGGCCUUCACCCAUUUCUGCAGGAAAUCAGGAAAGAUGUUCUGUGACUGAGAACUCUAUUCUUAGCUGCGGUUAUUCUAGCGAAUGUCGUGGAAGGGGGGAGGAGUCAGCCACGCUCCCCGGAAUGCGUCUUCCCCUCACUGUGCAGUGUCCCCCGAGCUGGGUAUUGAGUCUCCACAUCAUCAGGGUUCUGGCUCCGGCCCGUGUCUAGUCCACACUCCCUCCACACUGUUUCAUGCCAUGCUUUGUCCUAUGAUUUUCUUUCCACCAUUUCAUAAUGCCUUUUACUAUCUGAUAUUUGUUAGACUAGGUUCCAGCUAGACUUAUUUUUCCUAACUUCAGUCUGUUCCAUUUCAGUGGGCAGAAAGAAUAUCCAUCCUUCCUUGGCCUAACUUCACAGGAAGUGGCAUUCUUAAGUAUCACCUUUGUUCUUUUCACAAGUUCCUGGAAUUCAUAGAACCAGCUCUGGACACAGGGACAGGUUCAUGACUUUCAAAGAAUGAAGGGUUGGCUGGUUGUCCAGAGCUAUAAAAAUUGCUCGGGUGCCAUUACCCUCACUGCACUGCAUUUCAGCGGUUAAUAGGCUGAAGGUGGCAGAAAGGCAGCUGGAGCCUGGCAUGAAACGUGCUUGCUGGCCAUUCUUCCUCCAGCUCCCCCUGCUUACGGAGCAGUUGGAUAAACAUGGCAUUAACUUAGAUGUGGGUCCCAAGCAGAUGUGCUAGUCACUGCUGGGCAGAAGCAGAGAAGAAUGCUAGGUAAACGACAUCACUUGAAAGAAUUCUAGUUCGUUUAAUAUUGAUGGUGUGCGAGGGUUUUACAGUCUUGGCUAAACCGAACCAGAAUCCCCCUCCCUGCUGGUUUCUGUUUAGGGUUGGCCACGAGACACGGGCAUGAGCUUAGUUUGGGUAGCAGCCGAACGUUGCAUCUCAGCGUAUCUCUGACCUCCGCGGCACCCUGGGCCGGUCUGCAGCCUCUCCAGCCCCCCAGAGAGCUUUUCCUCCAUCUUCUGCAGGUUGGGCCAGCGAUGGGACCUGCUUAUCCUUCAACUGUGGCUCCCGGUGAGCAGCAAUGUGCAUUCCAGCCUGUUGCUGGCACAUUUCAUUGUCCUGUGUACCCUCUUUCCCAGCCUCCCAGGGACUCAGGUGAAGGAGCAGUAGACUCUCGCCAGCUCAUUUAAUGAAGGGUUUAAUGUAACUUCCCUUCAAAGACACCUUAUUCUGCAUCACCCCUGGUGGCUCUUCUCUGACUGAAACCUUACGAUCACUCAUUUUGCUUUUACUUUUUCCAGUGAAUUCUGAGAAUCUGAUCUGCUAUUGUGAGAAACAGCGAUGACGAAUUUCUGAGGGUUAAAUCCCUAUCACUGCACAGGCCACUACAGGAUGUUUCAGGGGUGAGAAAGCAACCCAAGUGUCAGAGUGUGGCUAGGAGUUUCCUGCCUUAAUCUUUGCCAAGUUCAUUUGAUUUCCUGGUGCCUGUCUGUACCCCCUCUCCAGUCUGAGCUGGUCUGGAUGGGCUCUCAGGCCUCUCUGAGCUCAGCGGACCCUUCAGCUAAGCUGAGCAUCUUCACCAGCUGCCUGAGCACUGGCCCUGCAUCUCCAGAGUGACUAAAUUCAAGUUAUUCUGUCUAGUGGUCCCCUUUCAAAAUCCUGUGUGUGUGAGAUCAUCGCUAACUCCGGACACUAUCAAAGAGGCCUUGCUUCACUAGUGGAAGGGCAGUUUGGUAGAAGCUGGCCUUCAGCCCUUCCGUUAGGUGCCUGUAAACCUGCAGUACAUGAAUUGCGAGUUAAAGAAGUGAUGGUGUAGAGUUUAUGUCUGUUAUUUAACAAAUACCAUGUAUGUUUCCCUCAGUUUUAGGAGUUUAUAGCUAUACACUUAUGUGUACCUGUUCUCCUGAGGUAAUUUUCUUAGAAUAUGAAGUGUAUUUUGAACAUAGAUUAUCUCGCCAGUGUUCUCUGCAGAUUAGUUUUGAGGACUUAAUACCCACAAGUAUAGGAAUGCACUCAAGAAAUGAGUUAUUUUUAUGGUAGUCUCUGGGUAUUCCUUUGCUUUUUCCUCCACCAGAGGUUAGAAAUCUUUCCCUUACCUUUUAGGUCCUACAGACAUGCUGUUCUCUGGGUUACAUAAACCAAGGGGGCUGGGGGGCUGACCUGUGCCAUGGUUCUUCAUGUUGAUUUAUAGAACUAACUUAGCCUUGGCACCUCCCUAGCAAAACUAGGCAUCUCUGGAACUGUAAGCACACAUGUAUAAAACUACAGCGAUUCAAAAUUUUGACUGCUGGAUUUGUUUAUACCUCAGCUAAACCUGGAUAUGUAAUACUCAGUAGGAAAUUACUGAAAAUGUUGAUACUAAAGUUUAAAGGGCAGAGGGAAUGUGUGUAAGUGUGUUACCUCAGGUGUAAAGUGUCUUGUAAUUAAUUGUGAAGUGCUUUUGUGUCUCUGUUCCUUUCCCUGACAUCUCAUUUCCCUAUUGAAAGCGAUACAGUGUUCUAAGGGAUGUCGUGUUGUUUGCUAUUUAUAGUUAAAAACCCUCAAUUUCUUGCAUAUGCCAAGCACACAUCUUCCAUUCCAAUGUUGGGGCUACGAGGGGAACUGUAACUGCAUCAUUAUCUAUAUACUUCACACCAAAAACAAUAAAAAAAUCAAACCUUUUUCAGCAGUGAAAUCCAGUUGCUUCCUAGUGUGUGACCUGUGGCACGCAGUUGCCUGCGACCCUUACUCCAAGGACAC